GCGCAGUUAAACGGGCUCAAAAAAGAGGCUCACAUUCCCGGGAAAUACAGCAAAAAUGGACGAGCUUUAUUUGGAUAAUAUCGACGAAUAUGUCAACGACCACGACAAGAUAGUGACUUAUAAAUGGCUGAGUCUCACUCUGGGAGUCCAUGUCAACACAGCAAAACAGAUGCUCUAUCAUUACCUGGAUCACAAGAGGAAGGAAAGCUCAGCUCAGCUUCAUGCUACCUAUCUGGUGUCGGGGAAGUUUGUGGGCAACGGCCAGGCGAGUCACAAAGUCUCCGUUGUCAGAGAGGAGCAGCUGGAAGACUUCAAAUCCAAGAUGAGUUUGAUAGUGAGCGUCCAUGUGUACAGCGUCCAGAAAGCUUUACUGAAAGACAGCGGUCCUCUCUACAGCGUUGACUAUGACGCUGUGAAAGACAAUUUGAAGAACUGCAGCAAAUACAGUGCCAUCCGCUGUGCCACUGCGGUGCCCAUGUCGUCUGUAGAGCUGCAGCGAGCGAGAACAGUGCAGCAAGAGCCUGCACCAGAGCCUGAAACCAGGAAGUCUGGCAUGAAUGGCAACGCUAAUAUCGCUUCAAAAUCUUCCACUAAGCCGCAGAAAGGCAUCAUGGGAAUGUUUGCUAAUAAAGCUGCUCCUAAAAACCAAGACAGCAGCAAAGAGAUAAAGUCAGAGGUGAAGGAAGAUGCACCUGUGGUCGAAGUCGCCAAAGCCAAACCAGCUGCAAAGGCAAAUCCUAUGAUGAACUUCUUUGGGAGUCAAGCAACAAAGAAACAAGACAAAACUGUGAAGGAGGAGGAAGCUGCUCCAUCGUCUUCCUCGGUAGAGCCGCAGCGUGCAGCCAGUUCAAAACCUGAAGAAAAACCACAAGCUGCUGCAGUGGAGAGACCCAAAGACACUAAGAAAGACUCUAGGAGCAAAACUAAACGAAUAGAGGAUUCUGACAGCGAGGAGGAGAAAAUGGAGAAGAAAAAGAGACGGAGGAUUAAGAAGCCUGAACCAGACAGCAGCGAUGAAGAUGUCAUCCCAGAUUCUCCACAGCAGAUGGAAACAAGAGAACCGUCACCACCGCCUCCUAAAAAGGAGCCUGAACCUGUUGCACAUCGAGGCGACUCUGAGGUGAAGACGAGGAAGAGGAGACGAGUCAUGAAAUCUCGUACGUUUGUGGAUGACGAAGGAUGCAUCGUGACGGAGAAAGCCUACGAGAGCGAAUCGUACUCUGAAGCAGAAGAUGAUUUUAAACCCACCAAACAAGCUCCAAAACAUCCUCUCCCUGCAAAACAACAGAAAAGCAACAAAGAGGACGAGAAGAAAAGUCAGAAGAAAGCGUCUGCAAACGCCAAUAAAGGAAGUAAACAAGCUUCAAUUAUGGGAUUCUUCCAGAAGAAGUGAUGAAGGACAGAAUCAGACACUUUAAUUAUUAGCACUGAGGAACAACAAGCACUGCUGCUGAAGUCCUGUCAUGAUCUUUCAGCAACACAAGACGUGUCCAGUUCAGGAUGACAAAUCACUGUUACACCACAUCAGCUGUAAAUACAUGUCGUACUUAAUUAACAUGGGUGGAAAAUAAACAUGCAUUUUACUUUAAAAACAUUGCAAGUGUGGUGCUCAGUUUUUAUUCAGCUGUUGCAUCAUUGAGGCCGCGACUAAUUACAGCUGGAAAUGUGUUGUUUGUGUGUGUACUGGUUACAAU